CCAUGCCACGAUCAAUGCCGGGAGCCCUGCCCGAUCGACGCAUUACAGUUUGCAGCUGCCAGGAAGCCCUGGCCAUGGCCCUGUGUCUGGGUUGCAGCAUCAGGUGGGGACUGAGAGCCCGGUCCGGCAUGCCAUUGCUUCGCCUACAACAACGGUGUCCUCCCCAAGCCCUGUGAGGAACAUUGUAAAAUCUCUGCAUCAGUUGGCACUGGGAGGCCUACCGAGAACCGUAGGGGCUGAACUCGCUACACCGUCGACACCGGUGCACAUGAUGCCAGCAGACCCUCUUGUCAAUGCAAACACAUCAAAGGCAACAGCGAACCUGCACAUGACCAUGAUGGCGCUUGGGGAGCUAGAGUUCGACAAGGUUUUCUUGAUAUAUGUGUACCUUGGCCGCAACAAGAUAGAAGAUGUGUGUGAAUUACGAGAAGAUUAUAUUAGGUCACUGCCUUCACUUUCAAUGAAAGAUUUUGAACCAGAAAUUUGGCACAAAUUUGGUCACAAGUUUGUAGCCGAAUCAGAUAGAAGGAAGAACCUUGACUGGGGGGAUUCAAGUAAGGCAAGAGUGUAUCAUUGCUGUUUGGAGAUAGCAGAUGGCUCCGUGGUUACCAUCUUUAAGGUUUAAAAGUUCCUUAGUCUUCCUGUCGUGGAAAUUUUCAUAUUUACUCUUUCCUCUGAUCUUUUCAUAUCUCCUAGUGGAAUAUUUCGUUGGUGCCCCACUGCCCAUGUACUACACCAAAUAUACCCAAACUAUGUACCUGCAAACAUUUCCUAUUGAAUUUCAUUGCCGUGAUGUAUUCUUUAACAUGGAUAUGGCAUGCCACUCCGCGAUAUAUGGAAACUGUGUACUGGUAUCCAUACUCUUGUUGAUUAAUUUUAUAGCUGAAUGUU